CCGACCCGGCCGCAUCGCCCUCCGCGCUCGCUCUCUUUGCCCUCAUGCGACCUCGCCGUCGCGCCGCGCCGCGUCUGAGUCGCCAGCGUCGGCGCGCCCCACGCCGCGCAGGUCGCCCCUCUUGACAUCUGCGCACCGCGGCGUCGGCGCCGGCCGCCGGUGUCUCUUCUCGUUGCCGCUGCUCCAAAUUCCCUGCUUUCACUCUCUAUUGGGUCAUCAGUCCACUUCUUGGUAUCCUGACGUCUCAAUAUGGAUGAAACGGACAAGUGACGAAUCCUUCCAGUUGCAUUAAAUCAUGUACUUCGUACUUCUACGAACAUUUUGGAAAAGCGCUACUACGGCAUAAUGAUGUGAAUGUGUGCAAACUUCGCUUAAAUGAUAAGAGUGCCAUAUUAAAGGAGACGGAUGACAAAUGGCUUUAAGAGAAUUGUGUUGAAGCGA